CUGAAACACACACAAACAAUUAACAUGGGAAAGUUCUGCAUGCAAAUAAGGCUAUGCUCCACUUUGCUCUUGGCUCUUUCUUUUGUACACUGCAUYGAUCAAGAUCCUGUAGCUGUGGAAGAUUGGUUCAAAGGUCUAGCCACCAUGCAACAAAAGCUGACCAAGCUUCAUUUCUACUUCCAUGAUGUUGUCAGUGGCAACAGCCCGACCGCCAUGACCGUGGCUAAACCAAGCGGUUACACCUCGUUAACUGGGUUCGGCAACAUGGUCAUGGCUGACGACGUGCUGACCGCUGGGCCGGAAUCCAAUUCGACUGUGGUUGGCCGAGCUCAAGGGAUGUAUGCGUCGGCCUCCAUGGACGACCUUGGCUUUCUCAUGACCAUGAACUUGGCUUUUACUGAUGGGGAUGUUAAUGGUAGCACCCUUAGUCUUUUCGGGCGGAACCCUGUGCUACAUGAGUAUCGUGAGAUGUCGAUUGUUGGUGGUUCGGGUGUUUUCCGGAUGGCAMGGGGAAUUGCCACCGCRAAAACGUAUAGUUCUAAUCUAUUGGGUGAUGCAAUUGUUGAAUACCAUAUCAUGGUAUCUCAUUAUUGACCCGCUUGUUGAGUGGACAAGCACUAAGGCAGUGAUACCGUACUCUUUUAAGUGUAUCUUUUGUUUGUCUCAAUAACAUUUGCUAGUGACAUCGUCAUAACAGAGUAUUUAUUAAUUUCACAAAACAUAAAACAAGGAAACAAACACUAUAUUGCAAUUUGCCAAUCACCCUCAGAUAACUUCACGUAAAUAAACAUGGAUUAUUUCAGACCCUUUAAUUUGAUCAAUGCUUUUACUCAAC